UCCAUUCGAUUAUCCGGUGACAGCCGGCUGAAGUGACGCGAGUUGCCCAGAUGACGGUGUAAACUAUUUCAAACGUUCUUGGUUCACUAAUUUUCCCUGAAAUUCUAGGCGAUUUGUCUGGAUAUUAUUAAGUUUUCUUUAGAGUGAAGGGAUAAACAUCAGUUCAACAUGACGAUCGGUAAAAACAACAAAAUGAUCCAGCACCUGAACUAUCGGGUGCGGAUCGUUCUCCAGGACUCCCGUACAUUCAUUGGAACCUUCAAAGCAUUCGACAAGCACAUGAACCUGAUCCUUGGAGAUUGUGAAGAAUUCCGUAAAAUUCGUCCGAAAAACAAUAAACUCGCUGAACGUGAAGAAAAACGUGUUUUGGGAUUCGUUUUGCUUCGGGGCGAAAACAUAGUUUCAUUAACAGUCGAAGGUCCCCCACCACCAGAAGAAGGCCUUCCACGUGUGCCAAUUCCAGGCGCUGCUCCAGGACCAGGUAUCGGACGUGCUGUUGGUCGCGGUAUGCCUGCGAAUGUUUCAAGUGUCCCCGCUGGAUUGCAAGGCCCUGUUCGAGGUGUCGGUGGACCAUCACAACAACACAUGGCGCCCGUGGGAAGAGGACAAGUUGCUGCACCACCUGCAAUGCGCCCAAUGAUGGGCGCCCCACCACCAGGUAUGAUUCCCGGAAUGCCACCAAUGCCUGGAAAUAUGGGACGUGGUGCACCGCCACCGAUGCGAGGACCACCACCACCUGCAAUGAUGCGAGGUGGUCCACCUCCACGUGGAAAUUAUCAAUAGGAAUAACAGUGUAAUCUUGUAAUGGAUUGAAAUUUGAAUAAACAAUAAUUUAAGGUA